AUGGCUUGUUACAGAGGAUUAAAAUUCACAUAUUCAUUCUAUAGGAAUAUACAUAAACUGCCAAUUUAUAAUAGAGCUUCUUCUAGUCCUGUUUUAUUUAAUUUUCAACAUGCUAGUUUUCACACUUCAUCAAUUCUCGAUAAAAGGAGGAAAACAAAAGAAGAGAAGAAAGAACAUAAAGUAGUUGAAUAUGCACCCAAAAAGAAGAAUGAAGGCUUGGAGACUGUUGAUGUAUGGAGAAAUAUGACAGUUAAAGAACUAUCGGAAUCAAUGGGUCGUGAUUUAGAAGACUUGCAAGAAGCAAUAUUAUACAUAAAAGAUGGUCCAGAUAUUCAUCCAAAAACUAGACUUGAAGAUAUGAAUAUUAUUAAAGAUAUUGUAAAGAAAUGUGGUAUGAAGAUGAAAAUUGUUUCUCCUCCAAAGGAUGAUAAGGAGGAUCAUGAGAAAAUUAAGGAUGUCACAAAGAGGCUUCCUGCAAAACCUGAGUUUUUAAAGCAACGACCUCCUGUUGUUACUGUCAUGGGACAUGUUGAUCAUGGAAAGACUACACUUUUAGAUUCAUUACGUCACACAUCUGUGGCACAGAGUGAGGCAGGAGGAAUUACGCAACAUAUUGGUGCCUUUACUGUUGAACUCGAAAAUGGUGAAAAAGUAACAUUUUUGGAUACGCCUGGUCAUGCAGCAUUUAGCGCGAUGAGAGCUCGUGGUGCGAAUAUAACAGACAUUAUAGUUUUAGUAGUUGCUGCUGACGAUGGAGUAAUGGAGCAAACAAAAGAAGUAGUUAAGCUAUCAAAAACGUACAAUGUUCCUGUAAUAGUAGCUAUAAAUAAGAUUGAUAAGCCAGAUGCUGACCCUGAGAAAACAAAAAGAGAACUUGGGCAUGCUGGAAUUAAUUUAGAAGGACAUGGUGGUGAAACUCAGUUUGUAUUGAUAUCUGCAAAAGAAGGAACAAAUUUGCAGGAGCUUGCAGAAACAGUUAGCACACAAGCAACAUUGAUGGGAUUAAAAUCUGACUACACAGGUCCAAUUGAAGGAGUAGUUGUUGAGUCAACAAAUGAUUCUAAACGAGGAAAGUUAUCAACGGCUAUUAUUACAAGAGGAACGCUAAGACGUGGAGCAGUUCUUGUUGCAGGCCAUGCUUGGGCUAAGGUCCGUGCUUUAUUUAAUCACGCUGGAUAUCCUUUAGAAAAAGCUGAGCCUGGUACACCAGUGGAAAUAUUAGGUUGGCGAGAACUACCAUUGGCAGGAGAUGAAAUAUUAGAAGUUGAAAGCGAAAAAAGAGCACAUUCUGUUCUGCAUUACCGACACUUGCAAGCACAACACGAAAAAGCAGAAGCCGAUUUUGAAGUAAUUCGUGUUAAGCAAAUGGAACAUGAUGAAAAGUAUAAAGCAGAACGCGAUGCGAGAAGGAAAAUCGGUCGAUUUAAGGUUCGUCGAGUUGGUCCACGCCCGAAGGAAUAUAUUGACGAUGAUUCGGUUCCUCGCGUUAAUGUAAUAAUAAAAGCGGAUGUUCAUGGAUCCUGUGAAGCUAUUCUCGAUGUUCUUGACACUUAUCACGAUAAUGACAAAGUUAGAUUAGAUAUUGUACAUUAUGGCAUUGGUGAUGUCACAGAAAGUGAUAUGGAGCUUGCGAAAUUGUUUAACGCAGUCAUUUAUGCAUUUUCGGUCAACUCAACAAAAAUAGCGCUUCCAAAAAAUGUCAAAAUUCAUCAAAUUGAUAUAAUAUAUAGAUUAGUUGAGCAUCUAAAGGAAGAAAUUAAUGCUAAGCUCCCAAUGCUCGAUGUUGAAGAAAUUGUCGGUGAAGCAAAUGUUCUCCAAGUAUUUAAAGUCACGGAAAAUAGAAAAGAUGUUUCUGUACUCGGGUGCCGUUGUACGAAGGGAAUGUUGAAGAAGAGCUUAAAAUAUCGAGUUUUGCGGUUCGGUGAAUUACUAUACGACGGCCAUUUAGAUUCAAUGAGACACUUAAAAUCCGAAGUAGAUACAAUUAAGAAUAGCAUUGAAUGUGGAUUGCGGCUAAACGAUUUUCAAAUAGAUGCACAGGCAGGCGAUACCGUAGUUUGUUAUAAAAUGGUUCAAAAACCACAGGAAACAGAGUGGGAACCAUUUUAA